UGGAAGAUUCCAAAAAAAAUGUCCAAAUAGUUUGAGCUGCAGAUAAAAGUGUGUGAGUAAUUGUGUGUGUGAGUGAGAGAUAAUAUAGUUUGCAUCCACGGUCAGUCAGCAGGCUGAGAGCUGAGGAGACACUUCUCACUGCUGACCUGAACCGGGCUCCGGCUAUUUCCUGCUUCACACGUACACUAACGCGCACAGUUGAUUGGAUCCUUGUUAGUGUGGCAUUACAAGAUAAUAUAAGACCCCAGGCCUCAGAAAAGGUCAGCGCUUCCUCACAACUGAGCAAACUCCUUUCCUUAUAGGUGCCAUGGCAGAGCGGGUGUUGGUGGUUGGCAGUGGUGGACGGGAGCAUGCACUGGCCUGGAAGUUGGCCCAGUCGCCGCAGAUUCAGCAAGUCCUGGUGGCUCCGGGUAACGCAGGCACAGCCAGCUGUGGGAAGAUCAGCAACUCUGAGGUGUCAGUGAAUAAUCACUCCAUCCUGGCUCAGUUCUGUAAGGAUCAUCAUGUGGGGCUAGUUGUAGUGGGGCCUGAGGUUCCGCUGGCAGCAGGUAUCGUGGACGACCUGAUGGCGGCAGGAGUGCCGUGUUUCGGCCCCUCGGCCAAAGCAGCUCAGUUAGAGGCCAGCAAGAGCUUCUCCAAGGCUUUCAUGGAGCGUCAUGGCAUUCCCACGGCUCGCUACGGCUCCUUCACUGACCCCCAGGAGGCCUGCAACUACAUCCGCACUGCUGACUUUCCCGCACUGGUGGUGAAGGCCAGCGGUCUGGCAGCGGGAAAGGGAGUCAUUGUGGCAAAAGACCAGGACGAAGCCUGUCAGGCUGUGAUGGACAUCAUGAAGGACAGAGCAUUUGGAGCUGCAGGGGAGACAGUGGUGGUUGAGGAGCUUCUAGAGGGAGAGGAAGUGUCUUGUCUGUGCUUCAGUGACGGCUCCUCAGUGUCCCCGAUGCCUCCAGCGCAGGAUCACAAGCGGCUGCAGGACGGCGACCUGGGGCCAAACACCGGCGGCAUGGGCGCCUACUGCCCCACCCCUCAGGUGAGUCAGGAGCUGCUGCAGCAGAUCAGAGAGACGGUCCUUCAGAAGACAGUGGAUGGGAUGAAGGAGGAGGGAACUCCUUAUGUAGGUGUGCUGUACGCAGGGCUGAUGUUGACCAAGCAGGGGCCAAAGGUGCUCGAGUUCAACUGUCGCUUCGGAGACCCUGAGUGUCAGGUGCUGCUGCCCCUGCUGAAGAGCGACCUGUAUGAAGUCAUCUUGAACACCAUGAAUGGCAAACUGGCCUCCAGCGCCCCCAUGUGGCACCAGGACAGCUCUGCAGUCACAGUGGUCAUGGCCAGCGCUGGUUACCCUGGCUCCUACAAGAAAGGAGUAGAGAUCACAGGUUUGUCCCAGGUUCAGGACAAAGGUCUGCAGGUUUUCCACGCCGGCACAGCCCUGAAGGAAGGAGGUGGGGGUGUGGUGUCCAGCGGCGGGCGGGUCCUGACUGUCACCGCCAUCAGUUCGUCCCUAGAGGCGGCCUUGCAGGCGGCCAAUCAGGGCGUGGCUGCCAUCGGCUUCCCGGGUGCCGAGUAUCGCCGCGAUAUCGGCCACCGGGCCAUCGCCCACCUGAACCAGCGCAGAGGUCUGACCUAUAAGGACAGCGGAGUGGACAUAGCUGCUGGUAACAAGCUGGUGGAGAUGAUCAAGCCUCUGGCCAAGGCAACUUCUCGCACUGGGUGUAAUGCAGAACUGGGGGGCUUUGCUGGUCUCUUUGACCUGAAGGCAGCAGGAUUUGUCGACCCGAUCCUGGUAUCUGGGACAGAUGGCGUGGGAACCAAGCUCAAGAUCGCCCAGGAGUGCAGGCAGCAUGGCAGCCUGGGCCAGGACCUGGUGGCCAUGUGUGUGAACGAUGUGCUGGCUCAGGGCGCUGAGCCGCUCUUCUUUCUCGACUACUUCUCCUGUGGCAGCCUGGAUGUGGACGUGGCUGCCUCGGUGGUUGGUGGCGUUGCUAAGGCCUGUGAGAUGGCUGGCUGCGCUCUGCUGGGAGGCGAGACAGCAGAGAUGCCGGGCGUUUAUGCUCCAGGUGAGUACGACCUGGCUGGGUUCUGUGUUGGAGCGGUGGAGCGCGGGGCCCUGCUGCCCAGGCUGGGGGACAUCGCUGAGGGGGACCUGCUGAUUGGACUGGCUUCCUCUGGAGUCCACAGCAACGGCUUCAGCUUGGUCCGCAAAGUCCUGGAGAAGGCCCAUCUCAACUACAGUUCCCCUGCUCCUUUUGGCAAGCCAGAACAGACUGUCGGGGAGGCUUUGCUCACACCAACUAAGAUCUACAGCCGUCUCCUCCUGCCAAUCCUGCGCAGUGGCGCCGUCAAAGCCUACGCUCACAUCACAGGUGGCGGACUUCUGGAGAACAUCCCUCGGGUGCUGCCCCAGGAGCUGGCAGUCGAUUUAGACGCAUCACGAUGGAGCAUCCCUCCGGUGUUUUCCUGGCUGCACAAGGAGGGGGGUCUGAGCGAGGAGGAGAUGGCCCGCACCUUCAACUGUGGCCUGGGUGCAGUACUGGUGGUGGCUCCCCUGGAUGCUCAAAGGGUUCUGCGCCAGCUCCAGGCCCACGAAGAGGCCUGGAUCGUGGGUUCACUUGCCCACAAGCAGCCUGGGGCAGAGCCUGUGGUGGUCCGUAACCUGAAACACAGCCUGCUGAAUGCAGGACCAGCCUUCGGUGGAGAGUUGGUGGUUGAGCAAAAAAAUGGUUGCCAUGGCGACAUCAGCACGCCACGCAAGAGGACAAGAGUAGCUGUUCUCAUCUCUGGCACAGGCACCAACCUUCAGGCGCUGAUAGAGCAGGCGAAGCGUCCGUCCAGCUCAGCAGAGAUUGUGGUGGUCAUCUCCAACAGGCCUGGAGUUCAGGGCCUGAAGAGAGCGUCUUUGGCUGGCAUCCAGACACGGGUGGUGGACCACAAACUGUAUGGGAGCCGUGCAGAGUUUGAUGGGACCAUUGAUCGAGUGCUGGAAGAGCUUGGAGUGGAGCUGGUGUGUCUGGCUGGAUUCAUGAGGAUCCUCACGGGAGCUUUUGUCAAGAAAUGGAACGGAAAGCUACUGAACAUCCAUCCAUCCCUGCUGCCAUCAUUCAAGGGUGUGAAUGCCCAGAAGCAGGCCCUGCAGGCCGGCGUGCGGGUCACAGGCUGCUCGGUUCACUUUGUAGCAGAAGAGGUGGAUGCAGGAGCCAUCAUUGUGCAGGAGGCAGUGCCCGUGCUGAGCAGUGACACAGAGGAGAGUCUGUCUGACAGAAUCAGAGAGGCCGAGCACCGAGCCUUCCCCACGGCUUUGGAGCUGGUUGCCAGCGGUGCCGUCAGGCUCGGAGAAGACGGGCACAUCAUGUGGAAGUCAAAUUCUCAGAGUUAAAGAAAUUAAAUCCAGCUUAGUGUAACUCAACAGUUUACUUUUGGUACAUAAAACUGGUUUUCUAAUAAAAAAACAAGUUCAUUGUUUUUUACACCAUCAGCUAAGGUCAUAGUAUUAACUUUUUAGUCCUCCACUAUCCCAAACUGAUCCAGUAGAGUUAAUUUCUUCAUAGAUUGCUGAUAAGUAGAUGGAAUAGUAGCAUUUCAACUUCUAAACAAGCUUUCAUUCCAAUUGUACCAUUUGAGAGAUGUUAUAAUUUUAUCUGCACUGGAAUUAACCUGGAAACUGGAAAAAAGGCAUGGGGUCAUGUAACAUAUAGUGCCGUCUAGAUGGAGUAUUUCAUGAGUGUAGUGAAUUCUUGAAUGCCUGCAUAGCGGGAGCUGUUAUGUCAUCAUUAAACAUGUCUGGGUGAGUGUGAUAUUUCUGCUUCAUUGUUUCAUUUAGAUGUUGGCAUGUGGACAUGGGAUGAUGAUGUGAUGCUGGUAAAUAAUAAUAAUAACAAUAAGUAGAUAUUAUGUAUUUCCUGCUGAAAAUGCGUAUGAAUGCCUCAAGCAUCCACACUAUUGUUCUUUCAAACUUUAUGAGUGUGAAUGCAACUGAUCUAAUGAUUGUAUGAUUUUAUACAACUUUUUGAAUGAAUUAAAAAAAUGAAUGGGA